CCAAAUCAUACUGUAUUUGUGGCUCUGUUUUAUGUUCUGCUGUGUGUGCAGGAAGGUUGCAAUUUGAGACUUCACUUUUUACUGAUACAGUAAUAAUGUCUUUAUGUGGAGGACUGUCCAAGCUGAAAGAAGCCACUGCUGAGGUCCAGCAGAUCUGUGAUGAGAUGAAGGUUCACGCAGAGCAAAAAGCAGGAAGAAAAUUUGCUAUCUUUACUGCUAAAUCCUACAAGUCACAGGUGGUAGCUGGGACAAACUAUUUCAUCAAGGUGCAUGUGGGUGGUGAGGAAUUUAUUCACUUGCGUGUCUAUCAGAAGCUGCCUUGUGAUGGAGAAGACCUGGAACUUACUGAACUCCAGUAUCCCAAAGCCCAUCAGGACCCCAUCGAAUACUUCUGAACAAACAAUAUAUUAAGAAAGAAUCAACAUUAAGACUACAGUAACAUUCACAAACAAUAAGUGUGUUUGAAUUUGUAUUACAUUUGAAAUGUUGCAUGGAUAAAUUUGAGCAUCAACGUUUAUUCCUUAAAUAUAAAAUUUUCUGAAGAAAUGAUCUGCUUCUUUAAUUAAUAAAAAUAUAUAUAGCAUA